GCUCCACUUCUCCGCUCACCCUCAAGUUGCAAAUAUGUCCGUGUUCUGCGAAGUUCCUCAAGCAGUCCCUGUGGCUGUCUUCAAGCUAACACAGGAUUUCAACAACGACCAGUUUCCCAAAAAGGUUAAUCUUGGAGUGGGAGCCUACAGGACAGAUGAAGGCCUACCUUGGGUUUUGCCUGUAGUGAAGAAGGUGGAGAAACUCAUUGUUGAAGAUGACAAGUUAAAUCACGAAUAUCUCCCAAUUCUGGGUUUGCCUGAGUUCAGAUCCUCUGCCUCCAAGAUUGCCCUGGGAGAUGACAGUCCUGCUAUCAAGGACAACAGGGUGGGAGCUGUUCAGUGUCUGGGGGGCACAGGUGCACUGAAGAUGGGAGCAGAGUUCCUGAGGCGCUUUUACAAUGGAAAUAACAACACCAAAACUCCUGUCUAUGUGUCAGCACCCACAUGGGAAAAUCACAAUGCUGUUUUCACAAAUGCUGGAUUUGAAGAUGUCCGUCCAUACAAGUACUGGGAUGCUGAAAAGAGAGGUCUUGAUUUAGCUGGCUUUCUUGGUGACCUGGAGACUUGCCCAGAGUGCUCCAUAUUUGUUUUACAUGCAUGUGCCCAUAACCCGACCGGCACAGACCCCACACAGGAACAAUGGAUGCAAAUAGCUGAAGUAAUGAUGAGGAGGAGGCUGUUUGUGUUUUUUGACUCUGCAUACCAGGGAUUUGCUUCAGGAAGUUUGGACAAAGAUGCCUGGGCUGUCCGAUACUUUGUUUCACUAGGAUUUGAGCUGUUUUGUGCUCAGUCGUUUUCUAAAAACUUUGGCCUUUACAAUGAGCGUGUGGGGAACUUGACUAUUGUAGCCCGGGAUGCAGAUAAUCUCAUGAGAAUUUUAUCUCAGAUGGAGAAGAUUGUGAGGACGACUUGGUCCAACCCCCCUUCUCAUGGAGCGCGCAUUGUAGCUGUAACCCUUAACUCGCCUCAGCUCUUUCUCGAAUGGAAGGACAAUAUCAAGACUAUGGCGGACAGGGUGCUCCUGAUGAGGAGUCAGCUCAAAACCAAGCUCCAGGCUUUGGGAACACCGGGGACAUGGGAGCACAUCACACACCAGAUUGGCAUGUUCAGUUUUACCGGCCUCAACCCAAGACAAGUGGAGUACAUGGUGCAGGAAAAACACAUCUACCUAAUGGCCAGCGGUCGAAUCAACAUGUGUGGACUGACAAGCAGAAACAUUGACUAUGUAGCACAGUCCAUUCAUGAAACGGUCACCAGAGUCCAGUAAAUGCACUGUAACCCUUGGACUGGGAGUACUGUGUAGUCAGACUGCACCCAUCUCUAUUGGGUAAUUUCAUAUUUAUUUAGAAUACUUAAUACUUAAUAGUCAAAUAUGAUUUUGUCUUUUGAUAAUCUACCUCUGAUCUAUAAUUUACUUUGUAACAUAAUGAAGAACAGUACUGCCUCAUUGUCUAGUAAAGAAACAUGACAAGUUAGAGUACUUUUUCACUAAUACAUAAAUAAUAAUAAUAUUAUUAAUAAUAAAUUCCAGUUACCCAGCAACCAUAAUUGGCCAAAACCUGUCUAUAUUUCACAAUAGUUGUGAUAAGACACAUAAAAAUAGAACACCAUUAUUUUGUUAAAUCAACGUUUAAUAUGCCAGACAAAUGCCUUCUUUUUGCAUAAAUUGCAUUUUGGACAUAGGUAAAGGUAUUCCUGCAUUUUUAUACUUUUCUUCACAACUUUUUUUCCCCACAAACUGCCACUUAACUGUAGUAAAUCUAUGAAACAUAUUUAUCACAGGUACUAUCCCACCAAACCAAGUAAUAAUUAGGAAAACAUGAAUACCUGCCAUAUGCAUUUUAAACCAGUCAACAAUUUGUUAAUUAAAUUUUUAUGUACGACUAAUCCUUGAUUACUGGCCAAAGUUAUGUUUGUGGGCCAUUGAUUUAUUUAGUACAAAUGCACUGAAAAUGCAACUCUUUUUCCAUUUCCCUAUGUUUUAACUGCCUCAAACCAGUUUUCUUAUCUCAAUGCACAAAUCAGUAUAUUUGAACAAAGGCCUGUAUCAGAUGUUUCAACUAUACAGUCUUAUUUGCU